GCAGUGGACACACCUGUUUUCUAUAUCAGUAAGGAGAGUGAGCAAUGCUAUCCAUCUAUCAUUUAGGAUACUGAUUACGCCUGUGCCUUUCAUCCUAUAGACGUCAAACUGCCUCAUGUAAAAAAGGUAUAUCGCUCAAAAUAUUAGAUUAGAGUCGCUUAUUAAUGGACAAAUAUACCAUUUUCACAGCAGCCAUUUUGACUUGAAAUAAUAAACACGGGUGUUAAAUAUGACUCUAAUUAAGGUUCAUUUCCAUUUAGUGUAGCAGAGCCUUUUACAGUGAGCCACUCCACUGACUCUGGACGGACCCCUCAUUAGUACCACUGGUUACCUCACUGUUUAAUGCUCUCAUACUGAAACAUUAAUAACUGAAUGGUUGUAACUGUUCUCCAUGUCCGUUAGCUGCAUUACACCGUGGCUCCAGGCUGUUAAUGCCCCCUUUCAUGCGGUUAACUUUUAAAUUAUUGACCACCAGAGGACGCAGUAAGACUCAUUCGCCCAUACACCCUCCUCCCCCAGUACCACCCUCACCCCCGGUACUAUUUUCCUCCCAUCAUGAUUACCGGGAGGUCUGUUUUAUCUACAAACCGUCUCUGGUGUGCAUCCCCACCGUCCGCUGCUGCCUCCUUCUCCCCGGCCAACCGCCACCCUCCUCCGGCUGUCUAACGGUCCGACAUGCUAAUGUGUCGUCGUAAUGUCGUUCAUUCAUCUGCAUCAGGCGCUGAGGGUGAAAUGAUGCCAUCAUCACCGUGGUGACAGCACAGAGUCAAACAGGGCCUGAUCAUGGGAGACAGAAGGAGGUCACCAUGUGCCGAAAUCUCUCCAAAUAUGCCCUCGUCUUCAUCGUCCUAGCCCUGUCUGGUCUCAUCUUCCUGCUGCGCAACAUCCACACUGUGGAGAACUGGAACUGCCACACUAUUUCAGCCCUCUACCAGCUCCAGAGCAGGAUCCAGUCGUCCUUCAUCCAAGUGAAUCUGCCUACUUUUUAUCACAACCGCACCUUCUGCGCCCAUCUGGGCCAGAAACCCUCCCCUGAAGAUGAGCUGGAAGAGCGCUACCUGUUGGACUCUAUCUCCUGGCCCGGGCCUCCGCCUCGCUCCACACCAACCACCCUGCGCCAGACAAGUGACCCCAUUCACAGCCUGUUCGCCAUCCUUCCCACUAACGAAGGAAGAGAAUGGCAUGUGGGCGACCAGCUGGAGGCCCUCGUCCAAAUGCAUGACUUUCAGGGUCGUCCCAAGCGCUACGGUGGGGAUUUCCUUUUGGCCCGACUGCACUCCCCCGAACUUGGAGCGGGUGUAGCAGGUAAGGUUCUGGACCACAGAAAUGGAUUUUACUCCGCUCUGUUCCCGCUCCUUUGGGUCGGGUCUGCACAGAUUGAGGUUACUCUGGUGCACUCAAGUGAAGCCAUCGCCGUGCUGCGACGGCUGAGGGAAGAACGGCCUGACCGCGUGUUUUUUAAGAGCCUGUUUCGCUUGGGCUUCCUGUCUGAAACUACUGUGUGCAACAUGUGCCUGCCCCCUGAUCAGCAGCCCCUGUGCAACUACACAGACCCAUACACAGGAGAACCCUGGUACUGCUACAAGCCUAAGGUGCUCAGCUGCGACACCAGAAUCAACCACGCCAAAGGAGGCUAUCUGAAACACCUCAUCACCAACAAAGAAGCAUUGCUCUUCCAGAGCGGUGUAAACAUAAAAGUUCGCAUUCAUGCUUCAGGCCCCGACAGGAUCAACGUGCUGCCUCCCAGGAAAGAUAAAGUAGAGGUAGAAAGCAGCAGUAUAAAACCAGAACCUAUUAAGCUAGAACCAUCUGGAUAUUACUACGAGGACUCAUGGAGGCCAUUAAGUGGCGUUACAAUGCGCCAGUUCAAUGAAUCAUCUGCCAUCACUCAGUGUUUGAAGAACAAGGUGAUCAACAUGUACGGAGACUCUACCGUCAGGCAGUGGUUUGAGUACCUCAUUGCUUUUGUACCAGGAUUAAAAGAGUUCAACCUGCACAGUCCUAAAAACGUCGGGCCUUUCAUGGCGGUGGACAGCACUCACAAUAUUCUGGUGAAGUACCGCUGCCAUGGCCCGCCCAUCCGCUUCUCCACCGUCAUGUCCAGCGAGUUGCGGUACAUUUCAAACGAGCUGGACGGCCUCUCCGGGGGUCCCAACACCGUCGUGGUCCUCAGCAUUUGGGCCCAUUUCAGCACCUUUCCCAUGGAGGUGUACAUUCGGCGGCUCCGUCACAUCAGGCGGGCGCUGGUGCGACUUCUGGACCGAGCACCAGGGACCAUUGUUGUGAUCCGUUCGGCCAACCUCCAAGCCCUGGACCAGGAGGUGAGCCUGUACAACAGCGACUGGUACUCCCUGCAGCUGGACGAGGUGCUCAGGGCCAUGUUCAAGGGCCUCAACGUCCUGCUGGUGGACGCCUGGCAGAUGAGUUUAGCGCACCACUUUCCUCACGCCCUGCAUCCACCUCCAGCCAUCGUCAAGAACAUGAUAGAUAUGCUUUUGUCGUACGUUUGCCCAGAGAAGAAAAGGAGCCAGCGGAUAUAGAGGGACAGUGCUGUUGUGGAAGUUUACUGUAUGAAUCCAUUAAUCAGUCAAUCAAGUCCCAAACAUGUUUUUUUUUUUUUUUUAAGAAUUUAAGUGUUCUCCAAAGCUGUAUACCCUUUAAAUGCUGUCUUUACUGAGAGAUUUGACUUCUAGUGCUGAUCUCUGUUUACUUGCCUGUUAUGUUUUAAUUUUGAACAAAGCAAAAUUUACUCUGAAAAAUGCCAAAGACUUUGGCAAAGUGAUUGUUGCUACCCAUCUGUUUUUGUUACCAAAGUGUUUUGAGUGUGCCCAUAUCCGGUGUCAGUAUUCUUUGUUAAGGUGGAUUCGUGUUUAGGUUUGUUUGUCAGUUUUGCCAAAGCCGAAGACUCGACGAGUUCUCGUUUCUAACCCUCAGGCUGUUCAGUGUUACAAUGUGUUCUUAUGUUGACCACAGAAUGACAAAUGAAAUACAGCUUUUCUGUUACUACAAACUACCACAUAGUACGCAAACUACAUUGUUUUUAAAUCCUUAUGUGUGCCCAAUUUAGUUUAUAGCUUUAAAUGUUAUUUCAGGUGUUGUAACAGACAAAAGGUAAAUGGUAAAAGCAGCUGCAUUUGUAGCACUCCUCUCAUUCACACACACACACGCACACACCAAUGACAUGCAGCUUUCAUGUCCUCAGACAUCACUUUAAACCUGAUUGUAACCUGGUUGUACUCGUUUUUUCUUUCGGGUCCCUCCACAUUGUUUCACUUGACUUUUAGCCGGCGACUUCUCCGACUGACGGAUCGGCCUCUCCGCCUUUCAGACUCCAACUUUCACACAGUUUUGGUGAAACGUGUGUGUGUGUGUUGAUUUGAUGCUCGACCUUUGCGUACAUUUCUAACAGUAGCUCUUUUGUAUAAACCUUUGUAUUGCUAAAAUAAUUUUCUUCUUAUGUUGAAUUUUAAUUCUAGAUGAUUUAUAUUGACAUUUGAGAAUUAAUUUAACAUGAUCAAAUACUGUUGUCACAUGUCCAUCAUAGGAAGAGCGUUGAAGUAAUCAGGUCUGUGUGAUACAAAGAGAAAAUGUGCCUAUAUUUCUGUCUAACUCUGUUUGUCCCUGGCAAUGAUCAGAGGCUGACUGAAGAGACUUAGUCAUUGCUUAUAAGAGCUGCUGUCAUAUUUGCCAGUAUUUGCUAUUGUCAAAUGUGUGCUUUUCUAGCUGUAACAAUGAGCAUGACUGUAGAAGCAAUUGUCAGUAGUACUCGAGUAGUAAAAGGAGGUUUGUGAUGGCGCAAGGUGACGUAUCUAUAACAUAUUUACAUCACUAAAUGGGGCGCAGAUCAUUGUCAGUAUUUAAUCAUUUUAUCAUGCCGUUCCCUGAUCUUAAAGCCUUCGGUCCAGUUCAAUUAACUAAACUAAAGAGUCAUUGAUCAGUCUCGUGUGUUGAGUUAAAAGACAUGCUUUCCACCGUAUCUCUCCUUCCUACAUGGUCAAGUUAAAAGAGGUUUCAGACGGCUAUAUGAUGAGUCAGACUGAUCUGAAUAAGCUCAAAGACGCUAGCAUAGAAAGAUGCAACUAUUGUAUCUUUUUAUCUGACUUUACACACUAACAUACCUCUGUUGGAGAUGUUUUCUUAUUUACUGUCAAUGUAAUUGUUAUCAAGGUAAUGGGCAAAUACAGGACAUCAUUGUGAUGCUUUGUAGUUUGAAAAUAAAGGCAAUCAAACAAAUGAAGGUAUGAUAUCACCUGUAAGUUUAAAGGUGCACAGUUUACCAACACGCAGCCUUCAAGUUCAUAUUUCACAUUGAUUGUAUGGUAUCAUGUUGCUGAGUAAUAUGGAAAUAUUUUGCUUAGAGAACCACAACAUCUGUUGUGGUUGAUAAGCUUGCAUCAGUGGUAGAUAUUUACAGUUUAAUGUUUCAAGUGCAGCAGAUUUCAGAGAAUUUAAAAAUGGUUGUUGGUCUUAAAGCCACAGAUUUGAUAUUAAAUAAAGUGCACAAUGGCUGCAUUUUA